CAUUUCCUCAUUUGGGUGAUUGUUUGCUUUCCUUUUAAAUGAGUUCUCUCAAUGUUGUUGUCCCCCUCUCUCUCUCUCUCUCUCUCUCUCUCUAUCUCGUAUCCUCAUUGGGUCUUUAUUUUUGGUUUAAAUGAUUUCUUUUGAUAUUGCUGGAUUGCUUUGGUUUAAAUUUUUGAAAUUUUUAUGUUGGGUUUUGUAAAGGUUAUAUUUCCCUUUCCUGAAGGUUGUGAUUAGUUGAUGGGCAUUUUCAGGUCUACAUGAAUGUGUAUUUCAUGGGUCUCGCACCAUUGAAACCUCCCCUCUAUUUAUUUUCUCUCUCUAGCGAGGCAAUUGUGUUCUCUCUCCACCCCACUGGCCCCAUUCCUCAUUUGGGGCACCCCCAUUUCUCAUUUAAUUUUUUUUUACUGAUGAUGAUUGAUGCCUGCCUCCACAAUUUUAAUGCUUCUUUAUUUUUUAUGGCGUAGGACCAUGUAUUAUUGUAUUCAAUCUGUCUUUAUUUGGGUCUCCCACCUUUUAAGCAGAUAGCUUUGUAUACGUCCCGUUAUUCUCAUCUGGUUUGGGUUUUACAUAACAAUUGACAUCGUUGACCCCCUGGUUUUAUCGACCCCAAUUUAACGUUUUCAUUGAGGAUCACAUUUCAAUAGAGAUUAAAUAUUCUUUUGUCUAGCUGGAUUUCUCCUUAUUGAGCUCGAAAAUACCAUUUUUCCCCUUAUUUAUUUUCUGUUUUUGGUGAAUUAAGAAGUUUUCAUGAAUUCGUAUACACUUGCGAAGAAUUGGGUUUUGGAGAAAUAAUCGAAAAUAACUUUAGGGGGGAAAAUAUGGGGUUUCUCCUCAUCAAAAUGAACUGCGUUAUAAAUAAACUAUCCAGAGAUGCAUUGGUGUUGAAGAGUUUAUCCAUUGAAUAUUGGUUUUGAAGAAUUUGCAGAUCGGAGAGGCGAGAUCGGAGGGGAUGGUUUAGGUGAAUUGGAGGCAGCAUGAUGCAGCACGCUUUCCUUUCAACAAUGAGGAGCCUGAAACUGGUCGAUGGAUGCAAAGGGAUUCAGGUUUAUGCAGUCACUCCAAAUGAUAAGGUUCAGGAAUCGAAAUCGAAUUUUCAUCGCUGCAAGUCCCUUCACAUCAACUCUAACCAGGGGGAUUCUCUUCUCCCCUUUGGCUUACCAGUUGCGGACCUCAUUGAACCUGCUAUCGAACCCCAUUUGAAGUUUGUGGAUUUUGUAGAAACUCUCGCCUCCAUCCAUCGAGAGCUUGAGAAGGCCCCUGACCAUGAAAAGGCAAACCUCUAUCUCGAGCAAUCCUCUGUCUUUCGAGGCCUGAAAGAACCCAAACUUCUUCGUCGUAGCCUACGCUCUGCUCGUCAACAUGCUCAUGAUGUGCACCACAAGGUGGUUCUUUCAGCUUGGCUAAGGUUUGAGAGGAGAGAAGAUGAGCUCGAAGGCUCAAAGCCCAUGAGUUGUAGUGGGAGGAUGAUGGAGUGUCCAAAAGCCUCUCUUUCUCAUGGCUAUGACCCGAAUUCCAUUUUCGACCCUUGCCCUUGUCGCCAACCCCCUGUGGAUGUCAGACAAAGAGCAUCAGAAGAGUGCUCAACCUCAGUGGCUGAAGGGGAUAUGGCUUUUUGCAUUGGAGAUGAGGAGGUUGUCUGUGUUCGCCAAAACAUGGCUACCCUAUCGACUCCCUUUCACACCAUGCUCUAUGGUGGCUUUUUGGAGUCGAUAAGAGAGAAAAUAAAUUUCUCCGACAAUGGCAUUUCAGCUCGGAGCAUGAGAGCUGUUGAGGAGUAUAGUAGGAGGCGUAGCUUGGACAAUUUCCCCCCUGAUGUGGUCCUUGACCUUCUCUCUUUUGCUAAUAAGUUUUGCUGUGAGGAAAUGAAGAUGGCUUGCGAUAGGCAUCUUGCUUCUUUAGUCUGCAACAUUGAUCACGCAUUGCUCUUUGUGGAGUAUGGCUUGGAGGAAACAGCUCAUAUUCUCGUAGCCUCUUGCUUGCAGGUCUUUCUAAGACAGCUACCAAACUCUCUUCAUAAUCCAGGGGUAACAAGGCUUUUGUGUAAUCCAGAGGGAAGGAAAAGGUUAGCCAAGGUGGGGCAUGCUUCUUUCUCUCUCUAUUAUCUCUUGAGUCAGGUGGCUAUGGAGGAGGACCCAAAAUCAAACACAACUGUGAUGCUUUUAGAGAGGUUGGGGGAGUCUGCCACGAGCCGGUGGCAAAAAGAACUCGCUUUGCACCAACUGGGUUGUGUAAUGUUAGAGAGAAAAGAAUACAAGGAUGCUCAAAGUUGGUUCCAAGCCUCUGUGGAGGAGGGGCACAUCUACUCUGUAGCAGGUGUUGCAAGGGCCAAGUUCAAGAGGGGGCACAAAUACUCUGCAUAUAAGCAAAUGAACAGCCUGAUAUCCUCAUAUAAACCAGUUGGAUGGAUGUUUCAAGAGAGAUCUCUAUAUGGCAUCGGGAAUGAGAAGAUGAUGGACUUGAAUACAGCAACUGAGUUGGACCCAACUUUAUCAUAUCCCUACAAAUACAGAGCCGUCGAUUUGAUGAAUGAUAACAAGCUAGUUCAAGCAAUUGGGGAGGUGAAUAGGAUUCUGGGGUUUAAAAUUUCUCCAGAUUGCCUUGAGCUUAGGGCCUGGUUCAAUCUCGCUCUUGAGGAUUAUGAUGGGGCCAUGAGAGAUAUAAGAGCGCUUCUCACUCUAGACCCGACUUAUAUGAUGUUUCAUGGGCAGGUGCAUGCUGUUCAGUUAGUCGAGCUUCUUAGGGAUCGGGUACAACCAUGGAACCAGGCUGAAUGUUGGAUGCAGCUCUAUGAUCGGUGGUCUUCGGUGGAUGAUAUUGGUUCUUUGGCUGUUGUGCAUCAGAUGCUGGAGAAUGACCCUGGGACUAGCCUACUUCGGUUUCGACAAUCUCUUCUUCUCCUACGGUUAAACUGUCAGAAAGCUGCAAUGCGUAGUCUUCGAUUGGCUCGAAACAGUUCUGGCUCAGAUUAUGAGAGGCUAGUGUAUGAAGGCUGGAUCUUAUAUGACACUGGUCAUCGAGAAGAUGCUUUGGUUAAGGCAGAGGAGUCCCUCUCAAUCAAGAGGUCUUUCGAAGCAUUUUUCCUCAAAGCUUAUGCUUUAGCAGAUGCGAACUUGGAUUCUGAGGCUUCAGCCCAUGUCAUCAUGCUUCUUGAGGAGGCCUUGAAAUGCCCUUCUGAUGGGCUACGCAAAGGACAGGCAUUGAAUAAUCUGGGAAGUGUCUAUGUCGACUGUGGUAAGCUUGAUCUUGCAGCAGACUGCUAUAUUAGUGCUCUUAAUAUAAGGCAUACACGAGCACACCAGGGCCUUGCACGUGUUAAAUAUAUGAAGAAUGAGAGAAAAGCAGCUUAUGAUGAGAUGACUAAACUAAUUGAAAAAGCAAGAAAUAAUGCAUCAGCUUACGAGAAACGCUCGGAGUACUGUGAUCGCGAUUUAGCAAAGAGUGAUCUCAGUAUGGCAACCCAAUUAGACCCAUUGAGAAUUUAUCCUUACAGAUACCGAGCUGCAGUAUUGAUGGAUGAUCACAAAGAAGCAGAUGCCAUAGCAGAGCUAUCAAAGGCCAUUGCAUUCAAGACCGACCUUCAGCUCCUCCACCUUCGUGCCGCCUUCCACGAGUCUAUGGGUGACAUGGCUUCAGCCAUGCGAGAUUGCCAGGCAGCCCUUUGUCUUGAUCCCAACCACGGAGACACAGCUGAAAUCUAUGGCCGAACAUGUUCUAGGCAACAAUAGGAACACAACUGAGUUCUCCAAGAUUCAUUUGUUAGAUACCCAAAAUGCCCGAAAGCCGGUAUUUUUAUUUUAGUCUGCGCCCAAGCAAUUUUUUGUGGCCUCAGGAGACCAAUGAAUGUAUAUGAAAUGGCAUUUCAAGAGCUUGUGAAGAAACGAGAUAAGAUACUGCCCUGGGUGGUAGAAUUGUCAAGUGGGUGUAAGUGGGUGCACCAUUGUUGGCACUGUAAAGAUAGAAAACAAAAACGAGGAAAAGAGAAGAAAAUAAGAUAAAAGGAAAGAGAGGGAGGAUGUGUAAAUUGUACGUGACAUUGCGGAUGGUGAUUGUUUGUGAUUAGAAUCAAUAUGAGUGCAGCUAUAUGUGCACUCCUGUUUUUUCUCC